GCGCCCGGAAACCGCUUCUAUUUUUAUUCUGUCUGUCUGGCCCCGGUAUGUGAGGAGGACUUGGACGGGAAGGGACGGAGACGCUGUAGACUCGAGGGACCGAUUUAAAGACUGGGUGGCGCAGAGCCUUUGAAGACCGACACCGUCCACUGUCCCCGGCUCUUCCACUGGCUUUGGAGACGUUUCUGCAGCGGCGAGCGUGUGUUUGAUCGGAUACAGGAUGUCUGGCCAGAGCAUUACAGACAGGAUAACCGCCGCACAGCACAGUGUCACCGGCUCGGCGAUCUCCAAAACUGUGUGCAAGGCGACCACGCAUGAAAUAAUGGGACCAAAAAAGAAGCAUUUGGAUUACUUGAUUCAGUGCACAAAUGAGAUGAAUGUGAACAUCCCUCAGCUGGCUGACACACUGUUUGAAAGGACCGCUAACACCAGCUGGGUUGUUGUCUUCAAGUCCCUCACCGCUACACACCAUCUGAUGGUCUACGGCAAUGAGAGAUUUAUCCAGUAUCUGGCUUCAAGGAACACACUAUUCAACCUCAGCAAUUUUUUGGACAAAAGUGGUUUACAAGGCUAUGAUAUGUCAACGUUCAUAAGGAGGUAUAGCCGCUAUCUGAAUGAGAAGGCUGUGUCCUACAGACAAGUGGCUUUUGACUUUACUAAAGUGAAAAGAGGGUCUGAUGGAUUGAUGAGAACGAUGAACACAGAGAAACUCCUCAAGACCAUCCCUAUCAUCCAAAAUCAGAUGGAUGUUUUACUUGAUUUCAAUGUCAUCUCUGAAGAACUUAAAACAACUCCACCUGUCUUCCAGGUCAAUGCCAACGAACUGACAAAUGGUGUGAUCAAUGCAGCUUUCAUGCUUCUUUUCAAAGAUGCCAUUCGACUGUUUGCUGCCUACAAUGAAGGCAUCAUCAACCUCCUGGAGAAAUACUUUGACAUGAAGAAAGUCCAGUGCAAGGAUGGACUUGACAUAUACAAAAAAUUCCUAACACGAAUGACAAGAAUCUCAGAGUUCCUCAAAGUUGCAGAGCAAGUGGGGAUUGAUAGAGGAGACAUCCCAGAUUUGUCUCAGGCCCCCAGCAGCCUGCUGGAUGCCCUGGAACAGCACUUGGCCUCUUUAGAGGGAAAGAAAGUCAAAGACUCAACAGCAGCCAGCAGGGCCAGCACCCUCUCCAGUGCGGUCUCUUCCCUGGCCAACACCGGCAUCUCUUUCACCAAAGUGGACGAGAGGGAAAAACAGGCAGCCCUGGAUGAAGAGCAGACUCGCCUAAAAGCACUUAAAGAGCAGCGUCUUAAGGAGCUCCAUAGGAAUCCUGCAACAGCAACCACAGACUCCUCCCCUGUCUUCACAGUGGGGGGGACAAUCAAUUCAGCCCCUGCCAUUGACCUCUUCUCCACCCCCAGCUCCACCAACAGCACGUCCAAGGCUGCCAAUGACCUUCUGGACCUGCAGCCAGCCUUCCAGCAGCCGCUGCCUCUCACCACCACCACCAACUCAUGGGGAGAUCCUUUUAACUAUGCUGCAGAAGCUGUGGAGGAAUCUACUCCAAACUCAAACCCUUUCAUCACAAUACCUGUUGUCGAUGCUGUCCAUCCGUCCACUGCGUCCUCGGACGCUGGCAGUCUGUCCUCUCGGACACCUAGUCAUGAAGUGUUCGAUCAUUACACUCCUUUUUUUGACUCCAGCUCUUCGCUGACAUCUGAUCUUGAAACUGGUGCACAGAUUGAGACAUUUACCACAGACUCCUUCUGUGGGCCAAGCCCUUACACCACCCUCUUCCAAUCUGAGCCCCCUGCUGUAGCUGGUCUAUUCAGAGGGUUUACAGCCUCCCCAACGCCACAGCAGCCACAAAACUCUCGAGGCCUUAACGUCGACUUUGACUCAGUAUUUGGCAACAACACUAAUGCCAACAACCUGGAUUCCACAGAUGUUUUAGGUGGCAUCCUCAAACCCACAGUGACAUCCUCACCCAAUCAGGGCAUGACCCUGAAUGGCCAACAACCCAACAAACUUGUGUCCAAUGACCUGGACUCCUCACUGGCCAAUCUUGUCGGCAAUCUAGGAAUGGGCAACGGCACAGCAAGGAAUGAUCUUCACUGGAGUCAGCCUGGUGAGAGGAAGCUGACAGGUGGAAGCAACUGGCAACCCAAGACAGCGCCUUCCACCACCUGGAACCCUGCAACCAUGGCUCCAUCUGUCAUGGCCUUCCCUGCAACCACACCGACAGGCAUGAUGGCAUAUGCAAUGCCUCCUCACAUGGGCUCCAUGAUGAUGACACAGCCCACUAUGAUGUACACCCAGCCUGUGAUGAGGCCGGCCAACCCCUUCGGCCCCAAUCCAAGUGCACAGAUGCAGUUUAUGUAACCUGAGGAGGGAGGGAGUCUUUCCCAUCUGAAGAUGAUUCACAACCAAGUCAAGUAUCAGAGCGAACCUGCAGUUUGCUUCUAAUGAACUCACCUCUCUGUGAACGAAAGGCCCAAAUAAGACUGAAUAAAAUCACGGUGAGUCAGUGGCUCCAGCCAGCUCAUUGGACAUUGUGCCCAUCUCGUCAUGUCUAAGUCAUAGUGGAGGAGGAGACUAUGUGCUGCCAUUCAUAUCAUGUGGACAGGGAUCAGCCCAUGUAUCCUGGACUAAGAGAAACUCAACACCCAAUGGGAUAGAUUUCUGACAUCACUGUUUGUGUUCAUGGAAAAAAGAAAAGAGGGUUGUUGUUGCACACACACACACACACACACACACACACACACACACACACAUACACAUACACAUACACACACACACACACCAUUUUUGAGUUGUCUUUACUAUUUUCGUUCCUCUUUCUCCAGGUGAAGCUGGAAAGUUGCUUCCUUUGUUCAUGAUUAUUUUCCAACCUUCCUCAAAUUAAGACAAUUGCAAAAAUCCUGUUUAUACCACACAUUUUUGUUUUGUUUUCUUUGUAUGUAUUGUUUGCAGUAGACAUUCCUUGUAUAUUGUUUGUAUUUAUUUAUGAUUACCUAUCAAGAGGAUGACAUUAUUAAACAAAAUGUAAAUGUAACCAGUCACUGACCUGCCUCAUGUGGAAGGUCUUCAGGUUUAUACAUAGGUAUGAUUGAUUGUAGAAUUGGGUUUUGAGUGAUUGAGAUGAUUUUUUAAAAACAAAAAAAAAGUUAAUAUAAAGUUUAAAAAAGAUGACAGGUUUUGCUGCUGGGGCACUAAAUAUUCUCUGUACUCGCAUGAUGCCUUGUACAGUUAUCUGUGGCUCGGGUGUGGGGGGGGGUUGUCAACACUGAGGAUCUGUAUCAAAGUAAUUGUUCAUUAAUACCAUCAAAUCUGCAAAUCUGUGACAUCAAUUUCUAUGAAUUUGACAACAUUUUUCCCACCAGCAGAAGCACUAGAUUGUUUGAUAGAGGCAGCCUCGGACUGGAAAGGAAUCUCUGUUUAUGCUUUUGAUGCUUUUGGAAUGUCAUUUAUUCUUCCAUUUAACAAAGCUCCUGACUGCCCCCUUUCUCCAGCCUGAAUGUGCUGGGUCGCUUUCAUGGUUAGAUCAUGUUUUCAUAGGCGAGCACCUGGGUGUUUAGGGCACUGUGGGGGGAUGGGGUAGAAGUGGGGUUGGGGCCACUAAGGUCCAGUGGUGUAGGAGAAUAGAGCACUGUUGAUCGGUGCUUUGUGUGUAUAGAACUGAUCCUGCAGACAAGGGGUGGGGUGUAGAUAUGAAAGAUGGCCUGAACAUGAAAGUGGCCCUUAAUCCAUUAACUGAGCAUUGUUGCAUUGUCCCUGCAGAUUAUAUUUUUGUUUGAUUUUUUGUUUGUUUGUUUGUUUCCCAAUAAAUUGCAAGCUUCCACAAUU